CAUAGAGCACAUUGCACAGAAAAUCAUUCCAAAAACCAUUCUAUCUUUCAUUUGGAGUCACAUAGAGUAAACUAAUUAGCUUCCAACAAUCUUGUGUUCUUGAUCAUGGGAAGUAAAUUCUGGAAGCCUCAAACCAUGCUAGUCACUUGGUUUUCAUUUCUUGUGGUGCUAGGCAAUGAGCACAAUUGGGUUGUAGCAGAAAUGAAGUUCCAGUGCAUUGAUAGUGAGCAGGAAGCUCUUCUGAUGUUUAAAGAAGGAUUUACUAAUCCUUCUAAUCAUUUCUCAUCAUGGGUAGCUGAUGAAGAUUGCUGCAAAUGGAUUGGAGUUGGAUGCAACAACAGUACAGGCCAUGUCAUCACCCUUGAUCUCCAUAGCCCUGAUUCUUCUGUGGUAGUGCAAGGUCAGUUGAGGGAAUCCUUGCUUGGGUUGCCAUAUCUGAGUUAUCUAGACUUGAGUUUCAUUGAUUUCAAUCACAUACCAAUUCCUGAGUUCAUUGGUUCUCUUUCUAAUUUGAAGCAUCUUAAUUUAUCUAAUGCCAAUUUCAAAGGGGCAGUCCCUGAUCAUCUUGGAAACUUGUCUAGUUUACAGUCUCUUGACUUGAGUGGUAACAGCUUUUCCCUCAAGGCCAAUAAUCUACACUGGCUUUCUGGUCUUUCUUCCUUGGAAGUCCUUGAUUUGGGGGGUGUAGAUCUUGGCAAUGCAGUUAAAUGGCUAGAUGCAAUCAAUAUGCUGCCUUCUCUGAUUGAGCUGAGAUUUUUUUCCUGUCAACUUCCAAUCCUUCAACAAUCUUUAUCCUUUGUGAAUUUUACUUCUUUGGAAGUUCUUGACCUCUCUUAUAAUAGCUUUUAUUCUACCAUACCCAAUUGGUUGCUUGAAAGCAGUCACACUCUUCAAUAUCUUAAUCUCACCAGAUGCCAAUUGGGAGGUUCCAUUCCUGAUGCUUUUGUUAACUUUACAUCUCUUACGGUGCUUGAUUUGUCAUACAAUCAUCUCCAGGGUUCAAUUCCACAUAAUUUUGGCAACAUGACAUCUCUUGUUGUUCUUGAUCUCGCAUUCAAUAGUCUUGAGGGCUCAAUACCUGCAACUCUGGGUCUCAUUCAAGAGCUGCAACACAUAAAGCAUUCUUCUUUGAGAGAACUGCGACUUUCCUACAAUGAGUUGAAUGGUUCUUUAGAAAGAAUCCUUCCACAACUUUCAGAAUUAGUUGUGUUGGAAAUGGCUUCAAAUUCCUUGGAAGGUUUGAUCACAGAGGUUCAUUUACAGAAUUUUAGUAGCUUGCGAGUACUUGACUUGUCUGCAAACAAGUUAAUUCUGAAUGUCAGUUCAACAUGGAUUCCAGCUUUUCAACUUGAGACUGUACAUUUGGAAUCCUGCCAAAUGGGUCCAAGGUUUCCCCAGUGGCUCCAAAACCAAAAGAAACUUAUGAAAAUGGAUUUAUCUAAUACAAGCAUUUCAGACACUAUACCCAAUUGGUUUUGGGAUCUUUCUCUAUCUAUGAAGCACUUGAAUCUUUCUUAUAAUAAACUCAGAGGGAGACUGCCAGAUUUAUCAUCAAUUACAAGUCUGUUGACUCUGGAUUUCAGUUACAACCUGUUUAAUGGUCCCUUGCCUCAUUUCCCCCUCAAAAUGGAGUCAUUAAUACUAGCUGGGAAUGCAUUUUCUGGACCAAUUUCUCCCAUCUGUGAUCUGUUGAAUGAACAUAAUGCCCUGCGUCAUCUUGACUUGUCUGAAAAUGCUCUAUCAGGAUUGCUUCCAAAUUGCUGGACUUACGGGCAAAAUAUGGUUUUUCUGGACUUGGGAUUCAACAUGUUGUCUGGCCAACUCCCUGAGUCAAUAGGAGAUUUAGUUCACCUCAAGGUUUUGACGUUAAGCAAUAAUAACUUUCAUGGUGAGAUGCCUUAUUCCUUGAGGAACUGCACAAGUUUGUUUUUCCUGAACCUUGGGAACAAUGCGCUAUCUGGAACCUUUCCAGCAUGGUUGGGGGAAAGUUUAGAGAACCUGCAGAUACUUCUGUUACGCCGGAAUAUGUUGAAAGGAAAUAUACCACUGGAGCUUUGCCAGUUGAAAUACAUUGUUCUAUUAGACCUUUCUUUCAAUUCACUAUCAGGAAGAAUUCCAAGGUGCAUCAACAAUUUCCUGGUACUUGCAGAGAAGGAGGCAGAACGUUCUUCCCUUUAUUAUGAUUACGCUUCAUAUGCAAAAGAUGAAUUGCAGAAGUUGAUGUGGUUAGCACCAAAAAGGCGUCAUCAAUCAAAUUUGCUGAAUGGGGAUUAUUUUUGGGGCAUGGAUCUGUCGUCGAAUAAUCUAAUUGGAGAGAUCCCAGGAGAAUUGACAGAGCUAAUUGGAUUGUCAGUGUUGAAUCUAUCACGAAAUCAUUUGACAGGUAUCAUUCCUAGUGAUAUUGGUGCCAUUAGUUUAUUGGAAGCUUUGGAUUUAUCAAGGAAUCAGCUUUCUUGUGCCAUCCCAACUAGCAUGUACGACUUAAACUUUCUUUCAGCACUAAAUUUGUCUUAUAACAAGCUAUCAGGAAAAAUUACUUCACAAGGUCAAUUCUCAACAUUUUAUGCUACAUCAUUUGUGGGGAAUCCUGAUCUCUGUGGACCAUUUCUUGGAAACGCUUGCAUGGAAGACAAGUCAUAUGAAGAUCCAAACUGUAAAGACAAGGAGUUAGGAGGCAAUAUCAAGAGCAGUGAAGUAGAUGAAGGACAUGGAUUUGAAAUACCACCAUUUUAUAUCAGCAUGGUUAUUGGCUUCAUUGCAGGGUUUUGGGGAUUUUGGGGUCCUUUGCUAUUGAGUACAUCUUGGAGGCAUGCCUAUUUCCGCUUUGUGGGGAACAUGAUAGACCAGAUUUAUGUAUGGGUAGUGGUUGCAGUGGCCAGACUACAGAGAAAGUUUCAGAGUUCACAGCCACAAAGGACCUAGGUGAUGAAAGGAGACAACAAGUUAGAUAGUAAAAUCUUGCAUCAGAGUGGAUUUGUGUUUUCAAAUGGAGCUACAGCUCCUCUA